CUCUACCCAGCUGAUCAUGACUUCUUCGAAAUAGUAUCGUAUAAAAAUCUAUAAUUCUCACAAUAAUAAACAUUACAAGUUUUCCACAAAGUUGCGAAGUUUAUUUUUUGCUGCAUCUUUGCCAAAUAUGCUCCAACUGUAGUUUUAUUGUACAUAUAAACAUUAAUCCUACGUGACGGAUACUAGCCACAGAUUAAGAACAGUAAUUGUCUCACGACGUCAAAGUCUUGGAUAUACAGUUGCUCAUGUUGUGAAUAUUGUAUUGACUGAUAAGAAACAAAAUAUUUUGCUCCAAGUGGUGACUAACGCCGUCUGGUGCAACAGACAGGUCAAAUUUGAGCGAGUGUUUACUAAGUAUUGUCAUCCCCUAGACUCUCCAUGGGUCAGCAAGUUUCUAGUUUACCGCAGAAAAUUGCAUCCACCGAUGCGGUCAACUCAUUACAGUUCGAGAUUAAAAAGCAGGCGCAGAUUUUUUCCGAAAUCGGUAGUUUGACCUACGAGGAUUUCCAGAAAUGUUUGGCGGAUUUGAACAGCUUAUCUCGCAAAUGUUUAGACCCGAGUGGAAAACAACUAGUGUUUGCCGUUAAGAAGGGUACCGAUAGCAGCGUUCUGUGGAAGGGUACCGUGCGGAUUGCCUGCGUCAAAGUGGAUCCCUCCACCAAAAAGGUCGAGUGUUACAAGUUGCUCAACUUAAAGCAAUUUCUACAGGUAUUUCGCACGUUCCAAACGGAUCUGCACGCUAUGGUUACGGUGGAGUCGCAACGAAUUCGAAGUCCCACCGGCAGCCCAACACAUUCGAGCUCCACGGGACGUGGUAGUUCAUCCGGAAGCGCGGCUGGAUCCUUUGAACGGGCAGACAUGAGCCCGAACUCUUCAAAAUUGUAUGCAUUUCCGCAGCAUACAACGGCUUCGAUGCUGAUGGAACAAGUGAGCGGCAUCUGUGAAAUGGAUUCCACCAGCAACGAUGGAGGGCAGAGUUCUGAGGAAGGAGCUGAAUGUUGUAUAUGUUUGGAACGGAAACCAGAGGUUUUGCUGCCAUGUGCACAUAGCUACUGUACGCCGUGUAUCGAACAGUGGAAUAUUCAUCAGAAGAAAUGUCCAAUCUGCGAUGAGGAACUAGCCAGCACAGACGAUACGUGGGUUCUCUCGGAGAUGCCAGAGGCGGAAGAAAUCAGUGAGGAAAUUUGUGCCACUUUGAUGAAACUGUCCGUUGGACAAUAAGGUGGCAACUGUAAUUUCGUGUGUGUAUGUAUGUCUGUGUUAGUGUAUCCGGGAAAGUGGAUAUGGAGAAGCAAGUACCUGGUUUUGCGGGUAUUGAUUAUGGAAGAUGAGUAGCACAUUCAAGUGUAGGAAGCCACCGUUCCCGUUGUUUUGAGCCUAUCCUUGAUUUUAGAUAUUUAAUUGUUUUAUAUUUCAACUCAACUACUUAAUUGAUAUAAUAAAAAUCAUAAGAUACAACAGAUUAAUCUGUAAUAAUCGUUGAAUGUAGUUCAAAUAAUUAUUAUGAUAUUAAAAAUAUAUGCAAUUACAAAAAAAAUGCUUUGAAAUAAA